UUAGAAAAGCAGCAGCGGAGAGUCGCAGCCAGUGAGUCUGGCAGCUGGGAAUGUGAAGGUUUCAACACAGACCGCUAUUUUCAGGACUCGGGGACGGUAGCAGGGCUGGCAAGGGAGCGCUUCUGCCCAGAACUGGACUCUAGCCAGGACGCUGACUUGAUAUCCAAAGGGGGCGACUACGGUUUUCCAGUCCGGGGUGUCGGGUGCUCUCGGACCGCAGCAAAUGGUCCGGGGACAGCCUCACUACGGGGCUACAAGCUAGAGGGACCCAGCAGGAGCUCCGUGUUUGUGCCCCCCCUCCGGACCGUGUACUGACACCUCAACCCUCCUGCGCGCUCGGUUCCCCGGGUUGAAGAUGCAGUGAAGCGCGCCCCCUCCCUAUCUGCUGCUGGGUCGGUGUAAUUUGAAUGAAGUGAAACGUUAAAUGCGCCUGUUUCGCCGGAACGCGGCGAUGGAGUGAAAUCUGCGGCGGGGGGGCGACCGACACACAACCUGCCGCGAUCUCCUGCGUGUAAAUAAAUAAAUGAUAGAGGAUACGAUGACCCUGCUGUCCCUGCUAGGUCGGAUCAUGCGUUAUUUCCUACUCAGACCGGAGACCCUGUUCCUGCUGUGCAUCAGCCUGGCUCUAUGGAGCUACUUCUUCCACACGGACGAGGUGAAGACCAUCGUCAAGUCCAGCCGGGAUGCGGUCAAGAUGGUCAAGGGGAAAGUGGCGGAGAUGAUGCAGAACGAGCGCUUCGGCGGACUGGACGUCCUGGACGCGGAGUUCGCCAAGACCUGGGAGUUCAAGAGCAACAACGUGGCCGUGUACUCCAUCCAAGGCCGGCGAGACCACAUGGAGGACCGGUUCGAGGUGCUCACCGACGUCGUCAACAAGAGUCACCCGUCCAUCUUUGGGAUUUUUGACGGCCACGGGGGAGAGGCUGCUGCUGACUUUGCUAAGGCCCACCUGCCAGAGGCUCUGCGCCAGCAGCUACUGACCUAUGAACGUGAGAAAGAGCGCGACCGGGAAAAAGACAAGGAGAAAGACGAGAAAAAGGAGAGAGUCAGCCUCUCCUAUCCGUCCAUCCUGGAGCAGCAGAUACUGACGCUGGACAGAGAAAUGCUGGACAAGCUCUCUGCCAAUUACAACGAAGCAGGCACUACAUGUCUGGUGGCGCUGCUGUCUGAUAAAGAGCUAACGGUGGCUAACGUUGGGGACUCGCGCGGAGUGCUUUGCGAUAAAGACGGCAACGCCAUUCCCCUAUCCCAUGACCACAAACCCUACCAGCUCAAAGAACGCAAGAGGAUCAAGAAAGCCGGUGGUUUCAUCAGUUUCAACGGCUCGUGGCGCGUCCAGGGCAUCUUGGCCAUGUCCCGUUCUCUGGGCGAUUACCCUCUGAAGAACCUGAACGUGGUCAUCCCCGAUCCCGACAUCAUGUCCUUCGACCUGAACAAGCUGCAGCCGGAGUUCAUGAUCCUGGCGUCGGACGGCCUGUGGGACACCUUCAGCAACGAGGAGGCCGUCCGCUUCAUCCGGGAGCGGCUGGACGAGCCCCACUUCGGCGCCAAGAGCAUCGUCCUGCAGUCCUUCUACCGCGGCUGCCCCGACAACAUCACCGUCAUGGUGGUGAAGUUUAAAGGCAAGGCCAGCGAGAAGUAGACCGUGUGUCUACCAAGCACAGUAUCUAUAUCAUGUUUAAAUAAGAUGGAAGAUCAAAAAACAACAACAACAACAAAAAAAAAAAAACGCCUUUUGAGCGAGGACUAUUUCUAUUGCAGAUAUUUACAGCAGUUUGCCCUUCGAUGCAUCAAACCCCAUCCCCGCCCCUCUUUUACUUUUACUGCUAUAAAAGUGAAUGAAAACGUCUUUCAUUUCGGCUUAGCCAUAUCUUUGAGACACCGUAUUGUGAGCUGGGUCACUGUUAUGCAAAUAAACAGAUUUAGCUUCGUGCAGCUGUGGGUGCGUCCAGGAGUCUGCACACGUUUGUUUGUUUGUGUGCGUGUGUGUGUGUGUGUGUGUUUGAGAGAGUGGGUGAGAGGUGAAUCCAUGAUGGACGUCUUCUAUUUGUGAUAAAGUUGCACACAAGUCAGACGUCAACAACCAGUUCGUUGUCCAGCCAUCAAUGAGAGAUCUAAAGACUGUGUGAUAGCAUGGAGUUUCAUGUCCGUAUUGUUUUAAAUGUGUUGUCUUCGACUCGUCGUCUGCGUGACCACUAAAUUUUUGUUUGUUUUUUCUAACUCCACCUUGUCUAAUCGUGUUGACGAAGUGACGCGCUGCAAAUUCAGUCUUUUAACAUGGUGUCAGGUUAUUUAAGCGUGAAUUCGCACGUCAAUAAAAUAAUAAUAUACCGAUGCUUCUUAAAUUACAUGCAUACUGUACAGCAAUUGAGCAGAGCAGAUCACACUUGCUGAACUUGGGAAGUCUUGACGUAUGAACGGGCGACUUGUUUUUCUCUUCAGUUUCCACAUUUCAUAAGUUUAGUUCUCAAGUGUCUAAAAUGUGACCGUUUCUGUUCUGAUGACGUCUCUGUCUGUUUUGAUGGCUUAUAAGACUUUUUUUUUGAGCCGAUGUAACAUGAUCUGUGUAACUACUAAUAAUGUAAUAACUGUUGGAUAAUAUUGUAGCUUGUCAAAGUGUGAUGAAAUGUCCCUUUAAACGAGUAUAACUUUCCACGUAAUGGAGCGAUGACGCAGAACAUCUCAUUAUGACUAACUGCUAAUCAUGAGUUCAUAAUGUUUGUCACGUGUUAUUUGAUACAAUAACUCUGUUCAUUUAAAAGAAAGUUUUUUAACGCGUAAUAAUUGAUUUAACGGUAAAUUAGAGUUGUGAUAUUUAGAGAUUAAUAUCACCAUGUUAUAUUUACAACCCUCCCUAAAAGAUAUUGACAUGCUAUUCCUUUAUCUGACUUUUCUUACAUUGCCUGUGAUAUAAAUAGACUUAAUUUGACGACUUACUGUUAUGACAUCAUCGUCUUCUAACUCCAUGUCAUCUUCACUAAGACAAAAGUCCUUCGUGCUGUUUGCUCUACGUUUUUUCUGAACUGUAACUCAAAAUGUAUCAAGCCUCUGAAUGAGUUAAUGUUGCCUUAUAUUUUUAACUUUUCAUUUCCUGUUAUGAAGUCUGCUGCCAAAACUACUUCUCGGUUUUUUUGAUGUAACGCAGUCGACUGUACAGUACCAUGCACAAUGCACGACCUCAGUGUCCCCACCUUAUUAAUUCAAACGUAGAAUAGCAUCGCUGAGAAAAAUGUCUCCGAGAGACAUGAAGCUGUAAGAUGAAUGUAUAUAUACUGUCCUCAUGUUAGUGUCACCCUCCUCCAACUGUUUAAUGCGCGCCUGUUCCCGAAUCGUUUUAACUGCAGAGAUAUAUACCGGAUUAAACCGUUUGUGCUUUUUCAGUUCACAUUCUCCCUUAAAAAUGUACAUUACAGAAUGUUUAUGUGGCAUUUGUACUUGUUUUUUGUUGACUUUAAUAAACUGUACAAGAAAAGAAUUCAGAAAUUUUAAAAUGUAAAUCACAAAUGUAACAUUAAAAUGAUAAAUGAUCAUGACA